UGCGACUGGCGCUGCGAUGAGCGGCCUCAUCGAGGCUGGGUUUGGCGGCAAGAACUCGCUGGGUAGCACCUCGGGUCUCUUUGGCGUCCGCAAGACCCGGUCGGAGGGCACGUUGACCCUAGAAAUCGGCAUGAGUUCGAGUCUGGCUGAUGCCAUUGGCUUUGAGGUCACGCUGGCACGCGCCGUCACCAUCUUCACCAGCAACUUCACCCCAACGGCAUGCAGCGAUAAUUACACCCUGGUAAACGCGCAGCCGUCGGCCUCGCCGUCAGUUACGGAUGUUACAGACGGUGUCCUUGUCAUCAUCGCCCCCACUCUGCCGGUACCUGCCGUACUUCCUGGUGGCUUCUUCCAGCUUGGCCUGACUACCACAACAGACCCCUUGGUCCUGUCGUACGACACCAACGCGACCGUGAUGUAUAACGCCAUACGAAACCUAACGGGCCUGGACACUACAAUCACCUUAAACAGCAUGUGGCGUGAGGGCACCUACUUUGCCCGUGUCUGGGUAAUUACUUUUGCCGUGUCACUCCUUGACAACGUGCCAGCUCUGGUUGUCAGCCCUUAUGGCGAUACCCCGACGGGAGUCAUCCUCACCACCGAAGUUCGCCCUGCAAACCCAGCGUUGACCGGCCACUUCGCAUUGUCGUAUGGCGACAGCUGCGAAUCCGUAAACAUCAGUUUAACAGAUACUUCGGAGGCAGUGCGCUUAAAACUGGCCAACUUACCGUACAUGGCUGCCCCGCAGAGUGUGGACGUAACUGGCAGUUCGACCUAUGGCUACACGUACACCAUUACCUUUGAUCCGAUCCGCAACCCUGGUGACCAGCCACCGCUGCGCGUAGCCGACAUCAGCGGCCUGCAGGGCACCCUACCAACGGUCACCGUCUCGACCGUUAGGAACGGCUCCACUGACGCCUUCUAUGCGCCCAUCACCACCGAGUUCUUGAAGCUCGCAGUUGCGACUCCUGGGACUAUUGACUUGUCGGUCAACGGCGUGCCGGCUGCCUGCGUGCACCCUUCUGGCCUUUGCAAGUUCGACUAUGCCGCAGCAGCCACGCCGUUGAUUACGUCAGUGACGCCCACCACCAUGUCUUUUGUCAGCGACACCAGCCUGCCGCUGACAAUUACCGGCAGCGGCUUCGACGGUGGCUCAGGCGUGGAUGUCAUGGUUGGGAACACGGAAUGUGCUAUCAACACUUUAUCCGCGACCCAAAUCGUCUGCUCUCUGCCUGACAGUGUACCUGCGGGCGUCCGGCUGGUUACCGUCAAUGUUGGAGGCCUGGGCUUCGCGCAGGGCUCUAUCAAUAUAACGGUGGAGACGUUGUACGUGACGGGUUCUUCACCUGCAUCCCUGUCAGUCUCCAGCAGCGGCUUGUCCGUGGUCAAGUUCCAAGGCAAGGGGUUUGACCGCGUUAACUGCGCCAACAACAAGGUACUCAUUGGCGACGUGCAGUGCGGUGUAGCGGAUUGCGGUGCUGACUACAUAACUGUUAUCUAUCCUGGCAACGGCGGAACCAACGUGGCGGCGGCCAACGUCACCGCCCAGGUCUACGAGCGGAGCAGCCUCAUUGACCAAGACAUCCCUGACAGCGUUAAGGUUCGGGUCUCCGGGACUGCGCCCAUGAUUACCGGCAUCACCAGUUCGUCAAGCAUGCCUGCCUCGGGAGGCCUGGUCUCCGUGGACCUCGCAGGAAUUGCACAAGGCAGCAGCGUGACUUCCAUGUAUUUGCUGCCCUACGUGCCAUCGUACACCAACUACACAGCGCUGUCUGCAGCCUUUGCGGGCCGUACGACCUGCGACGACAUGGUGGUGGCAGCGGAUGGCUCCAGCGCUGCCUGCAACAGCACUGCCAUGCCUAGUGGCAGGUACCAUGUGCUGGUGGUCAUGUCGUCUGGUCUGCAGCUACUCUCCGGCGAUACCGUCGUGUACGAUCUGUUCAUGACCAGCGUCUCACCCAGCUUGGGCAGCAUCGGUGGUGGCACCCUCCUCGUCAUCACAGGUGGAGGCUUUAGCACUGUGGUAUCAGAAAACGUGGUCUUCCUAUCAGUACCCGUGUCCACCACCUUCAUCAACGGUCUUGUCGAGUGCAUCGGUGUGGCCGUUACACCAACGCAGCUUACUUGCCGUACACAGCCCCAUUUAGCCACGAACGCUGAUGCGGAUGACCCCAACGCAAAGGACGUUAUGCCAGUUGCUACAGCGCCAGCGCCUGUGGUUGUCGUACUUUGCAACGCCAACUAUAAUACCACUCUCCUGCGCCAGUAUUGCUGGUCACUGCAAUCCACGGCGCACUCACGAUGCGUUGGGGGCCCAUGCACUUACGGUUAUGACACGGCGCUCACCCCUGCCGUUGCGGGCAUUUCGCCGAGUCGUGGCUUUGGCGGAUCCACCGUUGCUGUGUCUGGCGUCAACCUCCAAGACAUCACCGUGGUCGAGUUCAUGCAGGGCGGCGUAGUGAGGGGCGUCGGGAGGGACGUAGCAGCCUUUAUCGACACAAGCGCAGGCACCUCGUACGGCGGCCACAUUACCUGCGUCGCGCCUGACCUACCGGCCGGGGUCUACACCAUUCGGUUGAAGAAGGCCAAUGGCGAGAUGUCCGUGGAUCCUCUUGGCGUAGGUGUCUUUACCUACACCGCCACCAUCGCCGCCUUGUCAGGCAAUGCUGGCUCUCUUGCGGGCGGUUUGCCGCUAGUGGUAACAGUCGGCGGCACGGGGCUUGCCACUGGCAAUGCUACAGCCAACACGGUGACAAUCUCCGGGUUACCCUGCCCUGUUUUGUCCAUGGAUAACGCUACGCAGCUUACGUGCCUUGCACCCGGUAUCAACGGCUACGUUUAUGCGGAGUACUGGAAUUUGGCUGUAAACACCUUCUCCAUGCCCAACGUCCUCUCCUUCUCGAAACCAGAUCUGGCCCGCCUUGAAAAGGGCAUAGCCUUUGAGUGGACUAAUGGCUCGCCUUUGCUAGGAACCAUACAGGCGGACUACUUUGCUGCGCGCUAUACCUUCUACCUGCAGAUCGACCAACCCGAAAACGUCACAUUCCUGGUCUCUGCUGACGACGCUGCACGCUUAUACAUCGAUGACGUCCUUCUGGGAUCCCAAGGCGCGUACCUCAACACCCUCCUCACGGUUGGUGUCCACAAGGUUGUGGUCACCUACACCGAGUACGCCGGUUAUGCCAGCGUGAAGCUCUCGUCAGCCGUCGUCACGGGUAGCGGUGCCCUCACGUUCUCUGCCUUAGAGUGGCAGAAGGUCACACCUUUCCCUCCGGGAGUGGCACUCCCAGUGGUACUCACGGUUAACGGAGUGGCCGCGGAUCCGGACUGCCCCAUCACCCCUCUCACGCUACGGCUCCCCAACCAGCCGCAGUUGCCCGCUGAGCCAGCCCAAGUGACGCUGCCACAGGGCGCGUGCGCUUAUGUCUACACCUCGUACCGCACGCCCACGCUUACUGCGGUCAGGCCGACUCCCGUAAGCGGCUUGACUCAGCCAUCUUUCAUCGGGCUGAACACCGCAAUCAGCAUCUAUGGAAACUUCCUCGUGGAUCCUAGUUCUGGUGCGGGCCAGAUCAGCGUCACCAUUGCCAACCAGUCGUGCGCGAUUACUGACUUCGCCAUGUUCAAUGCUACUACCAACACGACGCGAAUCACCUGUACGGCACCUGCCGUACCUGCGGGAACGUGGCCGGUACGUAUUGCCGUGGCUGACCUAGGGCUAACGCGCCCAACCGCAUCAGCGACGACCGACAUGCCCGUCAUCACCUACUCCCUGAAGGUUGUGACCUACAACAGCCCGUCCCUUUCGUCUCCAAUUACGAACUGCCAGUUCUCCAUGUUUGGCGGCGGCACGCUGAACAUCAGCGGCUACGGCUUCGUGCGGGGCUUGGUGGACUCCGCCCUUCAGCGCAACAUGACUGCCUUGUGGGACAGCACCACGUGCACCUCCACCAGCACCAGCACGCCCACGUGUGAAGCAGCCACUAGCGGGCGCCUCAACCUUACUGCGGCAGCGUGCGAUGGGCCCACAGCGGUGUUCCGGCUUUCACGCUUCACAACUACCAAUCCACAAAGCUUUGCGGGUAACAACAGUGCAAAGGCUACCUUGCGCUACAAGCCGCGUGUCUACAGCACCGGUGUUACCCCGGCUACGUACGUGGAGACCCAGAGCGCUGAGCAGCUUCAGUUUUGCGGAGGCCGAACGCCAGCCCUUUCCAACAUCUCACCUGCCACUGUGGCUCCUGACGUGGGUGCCGCCGGAGCCGCCACUCUUUCUCUGACGUGGUACCUGGCGGGCGUUGGCAGCAACAACAAUACAAUUAUGGCCACCGCGGCAGGCUCUGCGAGCAAUGCUACUGUGGAAUUUGCCAGUGGGCCAACGCUGCUGCCUUGCUCGAGCCCGGUUGUCACCUCCUCAACGAUUGGGGCAUCAACUUACACGGAGUCCGUUUCCUGCACGUUGCCUGCAUACAUGCCGGCCUCCAAUUACACUCUGUGGCUCUGCAUCCAACCCUUUGGUUGCGGCUUUACGCCAGUGUACUCUGUACCCCUGACCGUCUCAUCUGCUGGACCCAGUGUUGGUAGCAGUGCUGGCGGUAUCCCCGUGACUAUCACUGGAAAGGGUUUCGAUACGAACGCCGCCCUCGUCUCCAUUCGCUUCGGCAACAGCACGUGCCGUGUUGUCAGCAGCUCCCCUACCUCCGUUACUUGUGUCACCGGCGCGCUGGUCAGCAAGCCAGUCAGCCCCAUCGUUGCGCCACUGUCCAUUACACCCACCAUUGGCGCCAGCGAGAUCACCUACCCCGGCUUGACCUUCACGUUUGAUCCUUCACUGGAGUCGACCCUGCUGUCCAUCACCCCUGCACGUGGCUCGACGGAGGGCGGGACACCAGUUACCCUUAAGGGCAGCAACUUCCUCACGGGUGUGGCUACAACCGUUACCGUUGGCGAGACGGCCUGCGGUUCAGUCGUAGUGGUCAAUGACACCACCAUACAGUGUACGACGGGCAAGCCGCCAUCCUCUGUCUUGCGUGUACCGCUACCAGUAACAGUGUACCAGGAGGGCCGGGGCAACGCACGCAGCUUGGCCUCCUACAAGUACAUCGACCUGUGGAGCCGCAACAGCACUUGGGGAGGUGGAGCACUGCCCGGGUACGGGGACUCCGUCAUGAUCCCAAGCGGUGUGACGGUGCUGCUCGACAUGAGCCCGCCCAAGCUCUAUAUGCUGGUGCUGGAGGGCAACCUGGAAUUUGACGAUACGCAGCCGUACAUUAACCUGCAAGCUCACUAUAUCCUGGUGAAGGGCGGCAACUUCACCAUUGGCUCCACGGACAAGCCGUACCCUGGUCGUGCUAACAUCACGAUGCAUGGCUUGCCUGAUAGCCUGGACCUGCCGAUGUACGGUGCGAAGUCCUUGGGUGUGCGCCAAGGUGUUGUGACCUUCUUCGGCCAGCCUAAAGUUCCCGUUUACACCGUCCUUAAUCGAACCGUGGACCCAGGCGCUACAUCCAUUACGGUCAACGGAAUGGUCAACUGGCAGAUUGGUGACAAGAUUGUUAUUGCCAGCAGCAGCUUUAUGCCUGACGAGGUUGACGAGGCGGCCAUCACUGGAUUAGACAAUGCUACCAUCCCUGGCUGCACCAUCAUUAGCCUUGAUACCCCGAUGCAGUACACCCACCUGGGUGAAGUUCACAAGCAGGCCGGCGCGCCCACUCCUCUUGACAUGCGCGCCGAAGUGGCAGUGCUGACACGUAAUAUCGUGCUGCAAGGAGAUUACGACAGCGCCAAGUACAUGUACGGCGUCCAAGUUAUGGUUAACAGCCCUUCAUACCUGCCACGGGCACUUGUUCGCUUCGACAAUGUUGAAAUCACGCAGUCGGGCCAGGCAUUCCGGCUUGGCCGCUACUCCAUGCAUUGGCACAUGCAUGGCGACGUGGCUUUCCAGUCUUGGGUCCGCGGAUGCUCCAUUCACCACACCUACAACCGGGCUAUCACCAUCCACGGCACUCACCAUGCGAUCAUCCAGAACACUGUGGCGUACAACACGAUGGGCCACACGUUCUUCCUUGAGGAUGGAAUCGAAUCGGGCAACUUGAUUGAGAACAACAUCGCCAUAUAUGGCAAGGCCUCAGAUGCGCUGCUCAUUUCGGACACCACUCCCGCCCAGUACUGGAUUACCAACCCUAACAACACUGUGCGCAACAAUGUGGCUACGGGUUCCGAGGCGUACGGCUACUGGUACCGCAUGCUGGAUAACCCUGACGGCCCAUCAACAACCACGACGGUCUGCCCGAAGUUCACCCCUCUCCUGGAAUUCACCAACAACACAGCUCACUCCAACCAGUUCUACGGUUUCCGUAUACAUCCCGAGUACUACCCAAGGAACGUUCCAUGCAACGCUUUUUCGUCGCCCUUUUCACAGCAGCCCGCUGUGUUCAGAGGCUUCAGGGCAUACAAGAACGGCGUCAAGGGUUUCAUUGGCACCCAGAUGGGGUUGGUUCAGCUCGUCGACGUGGUUAUGGGCGACAACGGUGGGGGCCCCAGGUCACAUAUUAUCAGCGGCAAGGACAACGGCGCCAACUGGGAGAUCUCCUGGGUCACUGACGACCGCGACCGUUAUGAUGUCGCACUAACCCAGAUGGCCGGCCUCUUCAACGCCACUCUAUACGCACGCACCACGACGGGCAUGCAUGGUACCGCUGGCCAGUGGCCCUCAGAUCGCCGCAUCACCGGCAUCAUCGCACAGAGUCCUGUCCUGGGCGACUCCAAGCACUCGGCGCUCAUGACCGUAGCCAACGUAACCUUUGUGGACUACACCCCCAGCACCGGUGCCAACAUUUACGCUCUGGAGCACUGCGGCAAGUGCAAGGCCUUCCAGGGCGGUGCCACUUGCUUCACGUCCAACCUGACGUUCGUCUCCGCGGAUGGCAGCCGGCCGGCCCUAUCCAACUGGACUUGGGGCCACCAAGGCAUCUUCCUGGACACGGAUGGCUCGCUCAUCAACAACUAUACGCUGCCUUUGGAGCUGCUGCCGGGCGCGGCCGCCAACUGGACGUACGGACCUGGGGCCACUUUGCAUUCAGCCGUGGACAACGAGCUGUUUGAUCCCUCGGAGUGUUUCUACAUGCCCAACACGAGUGCGAGCCCCAAUGGCGUUUACUGCAGCCCUGCCUUAACCUUCCGUCGUGUGAUGCUGAAUGAUCACCAGCCCGAGGUGCUUACGGCCAAGAAUCUUGUAGUGGUGUCACUGGCUACCAACCGCUCCUCAAGGGUUCACCAAACUCACUACAACGAGGAUGGCUACCAGUUUACGGUUGCAACCGGGCGGGACUACUGGUUGCAAUGGGACAUGCCGUACCGUCUCGAUCCAGUGAGCUACACGCUUCACAAAAUGGACUUGAUGGACGUCCCGCACUUCGUCCACCUGACCAACAAGAUUGUCCAGGUUGAGGACCACUUCACAGUUAACGGCCAGUACUCCAAUCUGACAAGCCUGCCUGCUCCUUUUCCCAACACGACCCAUGGGUCGUUCUACUACAACAAGUCCCUGGCCGUUAACAGUUGGUGGUGGGGCAACACCACGUACAACGACACCAAGUUUACGGUGUUCGUGGCCGGUCGCAGUGACAAGUCCCUGCAAAUCGCCUCCUUUGCUUGCCCGGACGGCGGUUGCUCGGAAGUUCCUGAUACAGUUGUGGACAUCCGCGCCGGCACCCUCCUUUGGUCUGAUGCGUCGACCUGGACCAGCCGUGGCAACAAGCCCAAGGAGGGUGAAAACGUUACCAUCCCCUACGGCUGGGACCUUAUCAUUGAUGAGUCCCCACCGCUGCUGCAGCUGUUGGUCAUCCAGGGCAGUGUGCGGUUCGAUCCAACGAAGAACAUCACGCUCACGGCGACCUACAUUGUGGUCAUGGGGCAGGGAUCACUUCGUGCAGGCAACGCCUCCACGCCCCACCCAACCGUGGCUACUAUCGUGCUCAACGGUACUCGCGACAACCCGGACCUCGCCAUCGAUAAGAACCUUAACUUGGGUUCCAAGGUGCUUGCGGCGAUUUCUGGUGGCACUAUCGAAUUGUUCGGUCGCCAGGUUCAGCAACGUUGGACUCGCCUCAAUACCCCCGCGGUACCCAACGACACCAGCAUCACCGUCUCCAACCCUAACCACGGCUGGCGUGUGGGCGACAAGGUCCUCAUUGCCUCCACCAGCUACAACGUAUGGCAGACCGAGAUCCGCAGCAUCACCGCCAUCCUAGGAAACGGCGCCACGCUUCAGUUGGACUCCCCGCUUCGCUAUCCGCACGGCGCGGUGCUGAAAGCCUAUCCCGGCGGCCCAACAGUGGACAUGCGUGCCGAGGUUGGCCUGUUAUCGUCAAACAUCUUGAUCACUGCCAUUGACGGGCCUUCAACACACGCCUUUGCUGGCGAGUACUUUGGCGCUCGCAUGGUGGUGUCUGGCAACUCGACAGGCCGCUUCAACAACAUCGCAAUGGAGUACUGCGGCCAAGCGGGCCUGACCGAUCGUGCAUGUGUCUUCUUCGACCGCCUUGCCAGUGUGCGUGUCAGCCAGGACAACAGCUCGGACUCUGGCGCCGGUAGCCUUGACGCGCUCGUGUCGAACCCCAGCUUCCUGCGCAGCAGUGCUCUGGUAUGGGGCCUAUACACCAACGUGCGUGUGGGUGGAGUCCCAAAGACCGCAGAUCCUGUCGAAGUCUCCGGCAACGUCAUGUUUGAGGCGUACGACAUGCAUAGCGUGGAUGUGGAUACGACCAACAACACGAUACGCGGCAACCUGGUUCUUGGGACCAUCAAGGAAAUGGGAGGGAAGAGCACUAGCGACACCUUCCAGGUGGCGACAUUCAACAUCCUCUCCCCCGCCAACUGGGUUGAGGACAACGUUGCUGGCGGCUCUGAGCGCUACGGCUAUACCUACUACGGCACUCCUUGCAGCGCGUCCUUCUUGGCAGGCUCCUUCCGCAACAACACGGCGCACUCGUCCUUGGCGGGCAUGUGGCUGCGCGCAAGCAACGAGUCACUGCUGGAUGGCUGUACGGCUGUACGGAACUUCACGACGUACAUGAACUGGGACUUCGGCAUUAUCUCCAUACGCGGCAUCGCCACGGACGUCUUGCUUGAGAACGUCAAUGUCUUGGACAACAAGCAUGCUGGAGUAACUAUCUUGCGCCUCGGCAAUGCGAUUACGGACGUCGCUAGCGCCCGGUGGCAAGGGGGCCUGCUAGCGGGGCAGUCGAGUCCCGACGUUUGCUCCGCCUGUGCUACCCUCUCCGAUGUUGGCUGCCACAAGAAGCUUUCUCUCAUGUCGUACAACCAGGAUACGCCUUUUACUCCGGCUGUGGGCCUACAGUCAGCUCAGUUCAACCUCUUCUUCGCCGAUGGCCCUGAGCGGAAGCCGUACGACAUGGCCAAGGGCUACCCCCUUGUCCACGGUAUGUUCAACGUCUCCGGCGUCACCCUGGCCGACUUUUACGGGAAGGAUGGUUGCGGCGGCUCAGCUGUAGGCACGUACGCCCUGAGCAACCACCAGCUCGGAUACGACGUCUUCUACCCUCACCUCUUUUCCAACAUGAACAUCGUCAAUGUGUCCACAGGGGCAUCGCAAGGCCUGGUGUUUCACAAUCCCGCUGAUCCCAACUGGCGCAACGAACGCGACUGUUACGACAUUGACUACACGCGCCCCGACGGCAGCGUCAUUCCCCUCAACUGCGCGGGCCCUAAGCACGUGUACUGGCGCGACCUUGACGGGUCGCUCUUUGGUAACCUUGCUGCAACUAGCACCAUUGCGGGCGCCUUCCAUAGUGGUCCCCGCACCUUCCCCAUGGACCAGGGCACCCCCGUGCUCCCCGGCCCGUGCACCUACUCGUCCGUCCUAAAGGCCUACAGCUGCAUAAAGGGUUCGACGAGCUUCUUGUUGGACGAGAGGCUUAAGCCCAACCCCAUUCCUGCAACUGGUAUCUUUGGCGACCCGCAGCAUUUUGUGCUGGAGAGCCGUGACAAGGACGCUGAGACUCGGAACUUCAGCCCAGUCUUCUUCAACGUGUCAGGCUCAAUCGACUUGGGUGUACCAACUAGGGACUACGGCUGCUGCUUUUCCUACGGUUGCCAGAAGCGGCUGUCGACGUUCUGGACGUAUCUCCCUAGCGGUCAGACGGUGUACAUCACCUUCCAGGGCACCCCGGCUCAGAACUUCCGGCUUUGGUUCCCAUACGCGGAUCCGGACAAGGAGAUUGUUGUCGUCAUCAACUAUGUACAUACGGUCAACCGCCGAUAUGUGUAUCUGGCCCCUGGGAGUGGCCCUUACUCUGGCCGGGUGGCGCCGCAGAACGAACCGGUCAGGAUUGGCGAUGGCUUGGGCCAUGGUGCCUAUUACUGGGACCAGAACAACACCCUGCUGUACGUCAAGCUGAUGGGCGGCAUGUCGCUGGAGAUCAGGACGGAGAGCGCUGUGCUGAUUUCCCAGUCGUUUGCGCUCACUGUCGACCAGUUCUACUCCACCGCGGCGUUGUUCCUAGCCAACCUCGCAAAUGUCAUGGGUGUCGACCUGAGCCGUCUCUACAUUGCCAAGAUUGUCCCGGGCUCCUCCAUGGUGACAACCGGCAUCACCCCGCCCACUACGUACACGGAGCCGCUGGCUGAGGCGAGCUUCUCACAGGGCACUGACCCUGGCGACCCGCUUCCGCCAUCCGAACCGGCCUCGUCCCCGCCUCCUCCAGCGUCCUACAGCAAUACGGUAUUGGCGGACCUGGUCAGCGCUGUGGUUGCCUACAACAGGGCAGUGUCGGACCCUGAUGCCGCUUCCACCCUGGGAGUCGCCCCGCUUGGGCCCCCAGUUACGGACGUCAGCGGCUUGUCUGGUGUAGACGCAACCCUGGCAGCAGCUGUUUCGCAGUCACUGGAAGUGGCAGGUAUCAAGGUUACGGACACGAGUACCACUACAGCAUCACCGCCGCCUUCGUCUCCACCACCACCACCAUCUCCUUCUGAAGUGCCGCUCCCUCCGUCGCCUGCCCCACCAAGCCCGAGCAUGACCCUCUAUUGGUCUGAUGUGCUCACCUGGACCACCUUGGGCGGCAAGCCUACUGAGGGUGAUAACGUCACUAUUCCCUACGGUUGGGACCUCGUCAUCGAUGAGUCUCCCCCGCCCCUCCAAGUGCUCACCAUCCUCGGCAACGUGCGCUUUGACCCCACCCAAGACAUCACGCUCAUUGCGACACACAUUCUUGUCAUGGGCAAGGGUGCGCUGCGUGCUGGCACCCCAUCAGCCCCGCACCCGUCAUUGGUCAACAUACAGCUCAACGGCUCCCGUGACAUCCCGGUAAUGACGAUUGAGGGCAGCUUGCUGGGCUCCAAGACGCUGGCUGCCAUCCUUGGUGGCACCAUUGACCUGCACGGACGCCAGGUUGGCCAGCGUUGGACCCGCCUCAACACCCCUGCUCUACCUGAUGACACCAGCAUCACCGUCUCCAACCCUAACCACGGCUGGCGUGUGGGCGACAAGGUCCUCAUUGCCUCCACCACCUACAACGUGUGGCAGACCGAGAUCCGCAGCAUCACAGCCAUCCUAGACGACGACGUAACGCUCCAGCUUGACUCUCCACUGCUGUACCCGCACGGCGCGGUGCUGAAGGCCUAUCCCGACGGCCCGACAGUGGACAUGCGUGCCGAGGUCGGCCUGCUGUCAUCCACGGUCACCAUCACAGGCCGCAAUGAUUCCAUGUCAGAAGCGUUCAGCAGCGACUUGUAUGGGGCGCGCGUGGUGGUGUCCGGCAACUCAGUCGCUCGCUUCAGCGGUGUCACCUUGGACUAUUGUGGUCAGGCGGGCGCAGCGGACCGCGCUUGCAUCCUGUUUGACCAGCUGGGCAACGUCCGUGCAGCGUCGAUCGAUAGCGCUGCGAAUGCGAACACGCUCAUCCGCAACCCUAGCAUACUCCGUAACUGCGCCCUGGUAUGGGGUGUGAACAGCAACGUGCGUGUUACUGGCGGCGCCAACUCGGAUUCCGUUGACAUCUCGGGCAACGUCCUCUUUGUAUCGUACGACAGCCACAGCGUGGACAUCGCUACAAGCAACAACACCGUCAAGGGCAACCUGGUCCUCGGAACCAUGAAGGAGAUGAGCGGCAACCACUCGGCUGAUGUGGCAAUGCCUUCAUCCUUCAACAUCCUCUCCCCCGCCAACUGGGUUGAGGACAACGUUGCUGGCGGCUCUGAGCGCUACGGCUAUACCUACUACGGCACUCCUUGCAGCGCGUCCUUCUUGGCAGGCUCCUUCCGCAACAACACGGCGCACUCGUGCUUGGCGGGCAUGUGGCUGCGCGCAAGCAACGAGUCACUGCUGGAUGGCUGUACGGCUGUACGGAACUUCACGACGUACAUGAACUGGGACUUCGGUUUGAUCUCCGCACGUGGAAUACCCACUCACGUCCUGUUCCAAGACGUCAAUGUGCUAGACGUGAAGCACUCGGGCGUCACAAUCCUGCGUUCGGGCAGCAUGUGGCAGCAGGCUAACGUGCGGUGGCACGGUGGCCUCUUGGCAGGCCAGUCCCACCCUGACGUGUGCUCCGCCUGCAGCAACCUGACGGAUAUGGGCUGCCACCCUAAGCCCUGCACCCAGUCCUUCAAUAUUAAGUCACCCUUCACGCCGGCUGUGGGCUUGCAGUCUGCCCAGUUCGCUCUGGGCUUCACGGUCGGCCCCGAGGCGCAGCCAUGGGACGAGCCCACCGGUUAUGCACUUGUCCACGGGAACUUCAACAUCACCGGUGUGACACUGGCGGACUUCCCGGGACCCAACGGUUGUGGUGGCACCACUGCGGGAGCAUAUGCGCUGGCGAACCAUCCGGCGGCCCCUGACGCCUUCCACCCGCACUUCUUCUCUGGCAUGAACGUCGUGAACGUCGGCUCAGGUUCAUCGCAAGGCCUGUUCUUGCACACCCCGCCCAACCCCACCUGGCGGACCGAGGCCAGAUGCGGUGUUGCCAACUACACGCGCCCCGACGGCAGCAGCAUACCUCUCAACUGUGCGGGUCCAGCACAUGUGUACUGGCGCGACCUGGACGGAUCGCUGCUCUCGGAUGUGGGCGCCAUUGCCGGCAUCUUCGCAGCAGGGCCCCGCACCUUCCCCAUGGAUCAGGGCACUCCCGUGCUCCCCGGCCCGUGCAGCUACUCAGCUGAGUACAUGUCGUACAACUGUACGGUUGGUUCGUCUGCAUUCCUGCUGGACGAACAGCUGAAGCCCAGCCCUAUACCUACGAGUGGCAUCUUUGGCGACCCGCAGCAUUUCGUGCUGGAGAGCCGUGACAAUGAUACCGAGUCGAGGAACUGCGGUCCAGUUCUCUUCAAUGUAUCCGGCUCAAUCGAUCUGGUAACAUCAUCAAUGAACCGCGGGUCAUGCGUUGCCAACAGCACCUGUGUGAAGCGGCUGUCAACAUUCUGGACGUACCUUCCUAGCGGUCAGACCGUCUAUGUCAACUUCACAGGCACUCCGCCGCGCAGCCUCCGGAUGUGGUAUCCGUAUGCUGAUCCAGGCACGGAGCUGGUGGUUGUACUAAACUAUCCUACCGCAAGGAACCGGAAGUACGUCUAUGUGCCUUCUGGCAACGGCAACGCCACUGGCGGCAUGACAGGGGAGGCGCAGCCGGUCAGCAUUGGUGAUGGUACUGGCCAUGGCGCCAACUACUGGGAUGGGGACAGCGCGCAGCUGUACGUCAAGGUCACGGGCGGCAAGUCGCUCGAGGUUCGGACAGAGAGCGCUUUACUGGUUUCCCAAGCUUUCACGCUCACAGUGGACCAGUUCUAUGCAACGUCGGCGUCAUUCCUCACCAACCUCGCCGCCGCUAUGGGCAUAGACGCUAGGCGCAUGUACAUAACCAAGGUCGUGCCGGGAUCGACGGUGGUUACCACCAGCAUUGGUGCCGCCCCGUCCAGCGCGGGAGAUCUGCCCGAGCCCGCCUUCUCGGCCGCUGUGUCGCCCUCGCCUUCUCGCCGUCUCGCAGCGUCCACAAGCAAUGAGGCUACCGACCUCUAUAACGCGGUUCUUGCGUUCCAGGUGGCGAUGUCUAACUCGGCAGCCGCGUCCACGCUUGGCGUCACUCCGCUGGGUUCAUUCUCUGUGGAUAUUGGCCUGCUCAGCAGUACAGACACCACUCUGGCCCAGGCGGUCUCUCAGUACCUGUCCAGUGCCGGAAUAACCGUCGUGGAUUCCAGCCAGCCAUCUUCCGAGGCCAAGUCAACUGACUCAACCCCGCCGCCUCCGUCGCCUACCGUAUCGCCAUCUCUGCCCACCGAUGCUCUACCGAACAUCGCCCCUGCUGCAUCUCCUGGCACUGCUGAUGGUUCCACCCCUACCAACACUGACGGCAGCGGUGGCUCCCCACCCUCGACAACAACCUCGCCGUCCCCGUCGCCAUCAGGUGGCUCCUCCAGUACGAACUAUACCCCCAUCAUUGCUGGCGUUGUCAUUGCUUGUGCUGUUGUUGGCAUGAUGAUUGCAGCUGCCGUCAUCGUCGUCAAGCGCCGCAGUACCAAGCGCACGCACCCGGAGCCGCCGAGCGAGGUCCAACCACCGCCUGGCACUGAGAUCGCGACAUCCCCACGUGGCAGUGGCGGCAGCGCCAGCAGCAACGUGCGCGAGGCUUUCAUGACAACCAGCCCUGCCAAACAGCAACCCACUGAGCACGCGCAACUGCCAAGCACUGCACCAACGUCAGACCCACCGCCAGCCCCUGCGCCACUGCAGCAGCCGGUCGAUGUGGUUGUCAGCCCUGGUGCUGCUCCUGAAAUGCCGCGCUCCCCCUCCCUUGCUGCUGGUGUACUCGCGCCAAGUCGCCCGGUGGAGUUGAUUCGUCCGCUCGUGUCAACCCACAAGCAGCCGCACAGCGCCCCGCUUGUGCCGGCAGUGCCACUGGGUCCGCCGGUGAGCAGCAGCCGGACGGCACUCCCCGACAUGCCGACCAAAGCACCAGCUGAACUGAAGCCGAGCAGCAGCUCGUCACGAAGCUCAGGGCCCAGCAUAUCAUCCCAGGGCCAGCCCGUGCGCCGUACGGACUCCACGCCUGAGUCAGCCUUCGCAUCCGCUCCUGCCGCCGCCCUGGCUGCUCAAGCGGGCGAGCGCUCUGCUGAGAGGGCAAGUAGCGGCAAUGGAGGCCACUCUGGCAGUGCGCCCCAAGCCCCGCGUGAGCCAGCUGGCCUCAGCGCCCUGGAGCCAGAGUGCCCAGCUGAGGAGAAGGCCGAUGAUGCAGUUCAGCGGGAGACCCCAGGCGGAGAGACGCAGGUGGUGCCUGUACAACACACCCUGACGACGCAGGAUUCAAUCAUCUCUCACCCCAAGCAGCGCCCUGGUAGCAAAGGCAAUGACACGGCCUCGUCUGGCAGCCACGAGCUCCGUUCCCCUGGACCAGACAUCGCCCAGGCCGGGCAAGGUGCCCACCCGGACUCACGCCGGCCGACCAUGCUACUGCCCGGCGGCAUGGUGGAGUUCGAAGCGUCGCCCUCACUCCUGCGCAGCGAGGUUGCGGCCCUGAUGCUGGCGGCUGGCGGGGCCACGGAUGGGCUCAUGCGCUCACCACAUGCAGCGGAGGGAGAGGCGGUGCAGGCGAGUGGGGCAUCGAUGCAUGCGCGCUCCCCGGCCGGCCUGCACAGCGACAGCAUGCGCAAGCUUGAGCGUAUGACGGCAGAUUAGUAAGUGUUGGAGAGCAGCCGCUAUGGGGUUGUGAUAGAGUAUUAGGGUUUAACAUGUUCUUGCUCGUCGCCAGCGGUCGCAGGAGUAACAGUGUGCGGGUAUGUCUAUUUUGCUUUAGAACACGUGUGCUUGCGUUCUGCGUAGCUCUUUCUUUUCUGCUUGCGAGGUGUUUAGGUCCUUGAGAGCUGUCUCUGUCAUUCUUUUCCUUAAUAAGCUUGUACGGCAACAUUGUACUGCAUGCACCUAGUGCGAUUUUGCUUUUCACGGCAUGUGUUACCCCCGUAAGUGUUCCACACACUGAACUUAAUAAGGGUAGAUGUCGGACAUACAUGCAUUGCCUGUUCUCCACGCUUUGCCAUGCGGCACCACCCUAGCCUGCCCAAAUACGCAGUGAGCUGUUAUGCAUCCACGCCGGUUAUAUACCUGGCUUUACCGGUAGCGAUGGACGAGGUGAGGGGACGAUUCACACCCCUGUGUAUAGAGGGCGUUGAAGUUAAUGACGGAGUGUUGACGACGUUCCAGACGAUGCUUCGUGAAAGCAGUAAGCAAGUGCUCUUUUCAUUUGCCGUUUAUGUAGUUCGUCUUCCGAUGCUGUUAGUAUGGUUGUGUACAGCGAGGUUGUACAGGCGACAAGGCCUCAUGAGCUGGGAUGGGACCGUAGAACUAAGAUGUUGCGACCUGUCAUCACGGCACGUCGCUAUUAGGCAUGAUGAUGCCAUUUCACCUUUAGGCAACCUCUGGAACGUCUGGGAAGCGUUCUAUAAGACAUGGCCGGGAUUGUGGGGCAUGGUUAGUGUGACGUUAUGCCCAUGAUGCCAAGUAGUUCCUGCGAAAAGGGACGCUUUGUAAAUGGGCCAUGUAUAAGCGGCCCGGGAACCUAGGUACGAGUGGAGGUGUCAGGCUGGCACGUGAGGUUAUGGUUGAAGUGCCGAAGCUGUCUGCGGCGUCGGAGGGAGCUGAACCAAGCCCCCCCGUCUGGGCUAAUAAGGUGGCCCUUUUCUAUAGGGCAUGUUAUACUGUAGACCCC